AUGGCGGAUGCUGCGGCUAGAUCACUUCAGUAUGAAUACAAAGCGAACUCUAAUCUUGUACUCCAAGCUGAUCGGACGCUUAUUGACCGUCGAGCCAGAGAUGAAGCUACUGGAGAGGUUAUGUCCCUCGUGGGCAAAAUUGAGGGAACGAGGAUGGGAGACAAAUCUAAAAGAACAAAACCACCACAAAUGGAAGAACGCAAAGUCAAACGGAAAAAGAGAGAUGAGGCCCAAAGAGAGGUGAUGAAAAUGAAGGGUACCACCCUGUUGUCUGAGGGCAUUAAUGACAUGGUAGGCAUUAUGUACCGACCAAAAACCCAAGAGACCAGACAGACAUAUGAAGUUUUGCUUAGCUUCAUACAAGCAGCUCUUGGAGAUCAGCCACGAGAUGUUCUGUGUGGAGCGGCAGAUGAAGUCCUAGCUGUGUUGAAGAAUGAUCGUAUGAAAGACAAAGAACGUAAAAAAGAAGUUGAAAGUUUGCUGUCUACCUUGGCUGAUGAGCGGUUUGCCCUUUUAGUCAACUUGGGCAAGAAAAUUACAGAUUGGGGAUCAGAAGAGAAAAUGCAAACAGAUGAAAACAUUGAUGAGACUUAUGGUGUAAAUGUACAGUUUGAAGAAUCAGAAGAUGAGGAUAAUGCUGAUGUUUAUGGAGAAGUCAGAGAGGAAGAAGAGGAAGAUGAUGAAGGUGAAGAGGCUGAGAUGGAUGCAACACUUCGAGCCAAUUUGGCCGAGAGAGAGGAGAACAAAAAGAAGCUGGAAGGUGGGCUUCAUCCUCGGGAUAUUGAUGCUUUCUGGUUACAGAGGAAGCUGAAUAAAUAUUAUCCUGAUGACCCAACUGUUGCCCAGACAAGAUCCAAAGAAGUCUUGGAAAUACUGAAGACUUCAGUAGAUGACCGUGAAGCUGAGAACCAACUGGUUAUGUUGUUGGGAGUGAGUCAGUUUGAAUUCAUAAAGUUACUCAGGCAACAUAGACAAAUGGUAUUAUACUGUACAAUGUUAGCACAGGCUCAGAGUGCCACAGAAAAGAAAGAAAUUGAACAAAAGAUGGAAGGAGAUUCAGAAUUGUCUGCCAUUCUGUUGGCAUUGCAGGCAACUGAAAAAGAAGACAUUGUCAGUGAACAGAGAGCACGUAGACAUCAGGCCCGCCAGUCACGUAUGGCUGCAGAUAUGGAAUCUUUACAUGCAGAUGGGAUUGAUCAGGCUGUUGGAAGUGUGCAAUUACUGGAUUUGGAAGAUCUGAUAUUCACCCAAGGUAGUCAUUUGAUGGCAAACAAAAGAUGUCAGCUGCCUGAUGGCUCCUUCCGGAAACAGCGCAAAGGUUAUGAAGAAGUACAUGUACCUGCGUUAAAACCAAAACCAUUUGACCAAAAUGAGACACUGGUUCCUAUUGACCGCUUACCAAAAUAUGCUCAACCAGCCUUUGAAGGCUUUAAAAGUUUAAAUCGUAUACAGAGUCGACUUUUUAAAACAGCUUUAGAAACAGCUGAAAAUAUAUUGCUAUGUGCACCCACAGGAGCUGGUAAGACCAAUGUUGCUUUGCUUUGUAUGCUGAGGGAGAUUGGUAAACAUAUUAAUUCAGAUGGAACGAUCAACGCAGAUGACUUUAAAGUUAUUUAUAUAGCUCCUAUGAAAUCUUUGGUACAAGAAAUGGUGGGAAACUUCACUGAGAGGUUGAAAUCUUAUGGAUUGAAAGUAGCUGAAUUGACUGGUGACCACCAGCUAACCAAAGAACAAAUAACAGCCACUCAAGUGAUUGUGUGCACACCUGAGAAGUGGGAUAUUAUUACAAGAAAAGGAGGAGAGAGAACCUAUACACAAACAGUCAGACUUAUGAUAUUUGAUGAAAUCCAUUUACUCCAUGAUGACAGAGGACCAGUACUUGAAUCACUGGUUGCAAGAACAAUUCGUAAUAUUGAGACAACCCAAGAAGAAGUCCGCCUUGUUGGACUCAGUGCUACUCUGCCUAAUUAUGAGGACAUAUCUACAUUCCUGAGAGUUGAUGCUGCCCAGGGUCUGUUUUUCUUUGAUAACAGCUACCGUCCCGUGCCUCUUGAACAGCAGUUCAUUGGAAUCACUGAAAAGAAAGCUGUGAAACGAUUUCAGAUUAUGAAUGAGAUUGUUUAUGAGAAAAUCAUGGAACAUGCUGGGAAAAAUCAGGUGCUUGUUUUUGUUCACUCUCGAAAAGAAACUGGGAAAACGGCCAGAGCGAUUCGUGACAUGUGCCUGGAAAAAGACACACUUGGGUCAUUCCUUAAAGAAGGGUCUGCAUCCACUGAAGUUCUACGAAAUGAAGCUGAACAAGUCAAGAAUCUGGAACUAAAAGACUUGCUACCAUAUGGUUUUGCUAUCCAUCAUGCUGGAAUGACAAAAGUUGAUCGUGCUCUUGUAGAAGAUUUGUUUGCUGAUCGUCACAUUCAAGUGUUGGUGUCUACCUCGACAUUGGCUUGGGGUGUCAACUUACCAGCACAUACAGUCAUAAUCAAAGGGACUCAAGUCUACAACCCCGAAAAGGGAAGAUGGGUUGAACUGAGUGCUUUAGAUGUUAUGCAGAUGCUUGGAAGAGCAGGUCGUCCUCAAUAUGACACACGAGGAGAAGGAAUCAUGAUCACAAACCACAGCGAACUUCAAUAUUACCUUUCUCUCAUGAACCAACAAUUGCCUAUUGAAAGUCAGUUUAUUGCCAAACUUGCUGACAACCUGAAUGCUGAAGUGGUGUUAGGAACUGUUCAAAAUAUGAAAGAAGCCAUGAAUUGGCUGGGAUACACAUACCUUUAUAUUCGGAUGCUGCGUUCUGGUUCUCUUUAUGGCAUUAGUGGUGACACCCAGAAAGAUGACCCUGUUUUGGAGCAGAGGCGGAAAGAUCUUAUCCAUUCAGCUGCUUCGCUACUUGACAAACACAACCUCAUGAAAUACGACAGAAAAACUGGAAACUUCCAGGUAACUGAGCUUGGCCGUAUUGCCAGCCACUACUAUUGCACUCAUGAGACAAUGGCAACAUACAACCAACUUUUGAAGCAAACACUUAGUGAAAUCGAAUUAUUCCGCGUAUUUUCCUUAUCAUCAGAAUUUAAAAACAUCACCGUCAGAGAGGAAGAAAAACUUGAACUAUUCAAACUGUUAGAGCGUGUGCCUAUUCCUAUUAAAGAAAGUAUUGAAGAACCCAGUGCCAAGGUGAAUGUUUUACUUCAGGCCUACAUUUCCCAGCUGAAGCUGGAGGGGUUUGCCUUGAUGGCUGACAUGGUGUUCAUUACACAGUCAGCAGGUCGUUUGAUGAGAGCUAUUUUUGAAAUUGUAUUACAUCAUGGAUGGGCCCAGUUGGCUGACAAAGCUCUCACACUUUGUAAGAUGGUUGACAAAAGGAUGUGGCAGUCUAUGAGUCCACUGAGGCAGUUCAGAAAAAUUCCUGAAGAGGUGAUCAAAAAAAUAGAGAAGAAAAAUUUCCCAUUUGAUCGUAUGUAUGACUUGAACCACAAUGAGAUUGGAGAAUUUAUCCGUAUGCCAAAGAUGGGCAAAACAAUCCAUAAAUAUGUUCACCAGUUCCCUAAAUUAGAGUUGUCUGUGCAUAUCCAGCCCAUUACUCGAUCUACUCUCAGAGUGGAACUCACCAUCACACCGGAUUUCCAAUGGGAGGAGAAAGUGCACGGUCAUUCAGAGGCUUUCUGGAUCUUAAUUGAAGAUGUUGACAGUGAAGUAGUCCUGCAUCAUGAGUAUUUCUUAUUGAAAAGCAAAUUCAGCCAAGAUGAACAUGUUGUCAAAUUCUUUGUGCCUGUUUUUGAACCUCUUCCCCCGCAGUACUUCAUCAAAGUAAUUUCUGAUCGAUGGAUUGGUGCUGAAACUCAGUUGCCCGUGUCUUUCCGCCAUCUAAUUCUACCAGAAAGAUAUCCACCUGCUACGGAGUUGCUGGACUUGCAACCUCUUCCUGUCUCUGCCUUGAGAAAUUCCUCUUUUGAGGCUUUAUACAAUGAAAAAUUUCCAUACUUUAACCCAAUUCAGACACAAGUAUUCAAUGCCAUUUACAACAGUGAUGAUAAUGUAUUUGUUGGUGCUCCAUCUGGAAGUGGCAAGACGAUAUGUGGAGAAUUUGCGGUAUUGCGAAUGUUAUCCCAAAACCCUGACAGCAGAUGUGUCUAUGUGACAUGCUUGGAGACUCUUGCCCAACAGACCUAUACAGAUUGGUACAACAAAUUCAGCUUUAUGAUGGGAAAGAGAGUUGUACUGUUGACUGGUGAAACUGGAACUGACCUCAAAUUGUUGGCUAAGGGCAAUAUCAUCAUUAGCACUCCUGAAAAGUGGGAUGUAUUAUCACGCCGUUGGAAACAAAGGAAAAAUGUCCAGAGUGUAAAUUUAUUCAUCAUUGAUGAACUUCAUUUGAUUGGUGGAGAUGUUGGGCCGGUGCUAGAAGUGAUCUGUUCUCGAAUGAGGUACAUUUCAUCACAGCUUAAUCGAAAUGUCCGUAUUGUAGCACUGAGUUCCUCAUUGUCAAAUGCCAAAGAUAUUGCCCAGUGGCUUGGAUGCAGCACAGGUGGAUUCUUCAAUUUUCACCCUAAUGUGCGUCCAGUACCUCUCGAACUUCAUAUUCAGGGUUUUAAUAUCAGCCACAAUGCUUCACGUAUAAUUGCCAUGGCAAAACCUGUAUAUCAAGCCAUUCUGAGACAUUCCCCCAAGAAACCUGUGAUUGUGUUUGUUCCUUCUCGCAAGCAGACCCGCUUAACUGCUAUAGAUAUCCUUACAUUCUGUGCAGCAGACAUUCAACCCAGUCAAUUCUUACAUGUGUCAGAAACGGAUCUAAAGCCGUUCCUCAACAAAAUAGCUGACAAGACCCUGAAAGAAACCAUCAGCAAUGGUGUGGCCUAUCUGCAUGAAGGUCUCAAUGAUGAUGAGCGUAAAGUAGUGGAACAACUGUUUAUGAUUGGAGCUGUACAGGUGGUUGUGGCCUCACGUAGUCUGGCAUGGGGCAUGACAAUGGCAGCACAUCUUACCAUUGUUAUGGAUACACAGUAUUAUGAUGGAAAGGCACAUUCCUAUGAAGAUUAUCCAAUCACUGAUGUUCUCCAAAUGCUUGGACAUGCCAACCGACCAUUACAAGACCAGGAAGGCAAAGCUGUUAUUCUUUGUCAAAGCUCCAAGAAAGAAUUUUUCAAAAAAUUCUUAUAUGAACCCUUACCUGUGGAAAGUCAUUUGGAUCAUUGCCUUCAUGAUCACUUCAAUGCUGAAAUUGUCACCAAGACCAUUGAAAACAAACAAGACGCUGUUGACUAUCUCACCUGGACCUUUCUUUAUCGCAGGAUGACACAGAACCCCAACUAUUACAAUUUACAAGGUGUAUCACAUCGACAUUUGUCUGACCACUUAUCUGAACUUGUAGAAAAUACCAUCAAUGAUUUGGAACAAUCAAAGUGCAUUAGUGUGGAAGAUGAAAUGGAUGUAGCUCCUCUCAACUUGGGAAUGAUUGCUGCUUACUACUAUAUUAACUACACAACUAUUGAAUUAUUUAGCAUGUCACUGAAUGCCAAGACCAAAGUUAAGGGUCUAAUUGAAAUCAUUUCCAAUGCUGCCGAAUAUGAAUCGAUUCCCAUCCGUCAUCAUGAAGACCAAGUGUUGAAACAGCUAGCCACUCGCUUACCCCACAAGCUGACCAACCCAAAAUAUAAUGAUCCACACAUGAAAACCAAUCUUCUUCUUCAAGCCCAUUUGUCUCGAAUGCAGCUACCGGCAGAGUUGCAGUCUGAUACUGAAGAAAUUCUUGGAAAGGCAAUUCGUUUAAUCCAAGCUUGUGUGGAUGUACUCAGCAGUAAUGGUUGGCUUAGCCCUGCACUGUCAGCUAUGGAACUUGCUCAGAUGGUCACUCAGGCUAUGUGGAGUAAAGAUUCUUAUCUUAAACAACUGCCUCACUUCACAAAUGAGAUUAUCAAAAGGUGCCAGGAAAAGAACCAUGAUACCAUAUUUGAUAUUAUGGAAAUGGAAGAUGAUGAACGUAAUUCCCUGCUGCAGUUGAAUGAUGCAGAAAUGGCCGAUGUGGCUCGGUUCUGUAACCGUUACCCCAACAUUGAAUUGACGUUUGAGGUGCAAGACAAAGACACCAUCAAGAGUGGGUCUACUGUGAAUGUCUUGGUCACUCUAGAGAGAGAGGAUGAAAUAACAGGACCAGUCAUUGCACCUUUCUUUCCACAGAAACGUGAAGAAGGUUGGUGGGUGGUGAUUGGCGACUCCAAAACGAAUUCUUUGCUUUCUAUCAAGCGCCUGACACUGCAACAGAAAGCGAAAGUGAAAUUGGAUUUUGUGGCCCCUAGCAUUGGUCACCACAACUAUGUCCUGUACUUUAUGAGUGAUGCAUAUAUGGGUUGCGAUCAAGAAUACAAAUUCUCUAUAAGCGUUGCCAAAGCUGAAGAGGAGGAACCCAGCAGCAAUGAAGAGAGUGGCAGUGAUGUUGACUAA